CAAUGUAAACAACGGGACACGUGCGCGGCCCCGUGCGUGCGUGCGUGUGUGUGUUGGGGGCGGCGCCUGACGGACACGCACUGUCAUGCAGCUGCACCUUGACCGUCUCGACUCGAUCACCUUGGCUGACACACGUAUCGAAAAAUCGCUCAUUUAUCAGUGAGGUUAGAUUUAAAGACAUGAACUUCCCUGCCAAGAAAUAAAACUGAUGAAGAGUUUGUUGACGUUUGAUUGUGGAGGGCAAGGUCCAAGGAGACUACUUGGCACCUGUGGGGAAGAUAACCGAUGAGCCUUGACAACCACACCAGAGAGGCUCGCGAGGCACCGUGACACUAGGCCUUCAGGCAGCUGCUGUACAGGAGAGGAUGGACUAUUCAAAGCUUUUUUCAAAGACUUCUUCCAGAAGAAAACCAUCUUGCAUCAGUGAAUUACGAAAUGUUCUUAAAGAACCAUCACCAUCAUUAGUAUGGCUGGCCUCAGGGAUGCCCAAUCCUGAGAAAUUUCCAUUCCAAAGUCUAACUGUGACACUGAAAGGGGGAAAGGAGGUGACCCUCAGCUCAGAGGCUUUGUCCACUGGUCUACAAUAUGGCCCUACACCCGGGUAUCCACCGCUGGUUGAACAACUGAAGAGGAUGGUACAGCAGUGGCAUGCCCCACCAUGCUGGGCAAGGAGUGAUCUGGUGGUGACUGUGGGAAAUCAGGAUGGUGUAUCCAAGGCCUUGGAAAUGCUUCUGGAUCCAGGAGACUUUGUUGUCGUUCAAGAGCCCUGCUACUCGGAUGUUCUCUGUAUGCUUUCAGCCCUGUCACCUCAGUACUUGGCUGUGGGUGGUGAUGAGCAAGGUAUGCGAGCUGACCUGUUGCAGUCAGCACUGAAGCAGGCAGUCAAGAGUGGGUCACGCGGCGUGCCCAAGGCAAUGUACUUGGUCCCUAAUUCCUGCAACCCAACUGGCACAAAUAUGGGAGAGAAGAGACGUCAAGAAAUCUAUGCCAUAGCUCGGGAAUAUAAUCUGAUCAUAUUGGAGGAUGACCCCUAUUACUUCCUGCAGUUUUCUGGCAAGCAGCCUUCAAGUUUCCUCAGUUUGGAUGUGGAUGGUCGAGUUCUGCGGUUUGAUUCUUUUUCCAAAAUCAUAAGUGCUGGGCUUCGCAUCGGCUAUGUGACAGGGCCGUCAGCCUUGCUGCAGGGCAUUAAGGUGCACCUGCAAUCCAGUUGCAUCUGUGCCCCAGUGUUGUCCCAGGUUCUAAUCCAUGAGCUACUAACAACAUGGGGUGAUGAAGGCUUCAAGAAACACAUAUCCGAUAUCUGUCAGUUUUACGAGAGAAAGAGGGAUGAGAUGCUUCACGCUCUUCAGACUCAUUUGACUGGUUUAUGUGAAUGGGUUGUUCCCGAUGGAGGGAUUUUCAUUUGGCUGAAAGCACUGCAGUUGAAUGACACUACUUCAAUGCUGCUGGAGAGGGCAGCAAAAAGGGACAUCGUGCUUGUUCCUGGAAAUGAGUUUAUGGUGGAUUCCUCAAAGCCAUGUCCAUACAUGAGAGCUGUAUAUUCCUGUGCAACACCUGACCAGAUGAUGAGAGGCAUGGAAAACUUGGCAAAACUUAUCCAGGAAGAGAUUGAGCUGCAGUCUACACAGGCCUGAUAAAACACUGAUCAUCAGAGUAAUAUAUAUAUUAAGUAUAGAAGAACUAACUAAUGAGGAGCACACGUCCAGGGGCACGUCGCUUCACUCACUGCCUCCACUUCCAAUGGUCCCCCAGAGCAAGCUCCUAUGCAGCUACCCUGUCAAUCUCAAGUCCCUCCUGGCAGGAUCAAUUGACUCUUCCCAUCCAUGAGUUCCAUGGGCACGGAACUUGGUCUCCUCCACUCAGGGUUGUCUCAUGCAGAAACAACCCUAUGAGCAGGAUUGAUGAUUGGGAGCUGUGCCAUGUGCUCAUAUAGCCAGAAUUGGUGUUCAUGGACUCAGCUGGUAACAGGCCUUGACUCAGUUUCAUUAUGUAGUCUCUGGUUCGAAGUCAUUCCGGCGAAAUACCCCAUGAUCCUGCAAAGGCACUUGGAACCAAAAGCAUCGACAUGCUUCUCAAAGUCACUUUCAGUGUCCAUGUUAAACUGAAAAAAUAACUUUCAAAAAGCACUGUUCCUCAAAAGUGGAAAAAAAAUCCAAAUUUAAUGUUGAAAAAUGGUUGGAAAGGUGUCGUCAUACUGGCAACUUGAAUGCUUUCUUGAGGGAAGAAGUAAAUACAGAUGAAGGAAGGCUUUUCAAAAGUUUACCAAGAGACUGGGCCAGAAUUAAUGAAAUUGGAAUUAACAAUUUCAAUUCUGUGUUAAUCAAUUACUCACAUAAGCAAAUAAUGUUACAUAGCUGUGGCAGGCAGUACAACUAAAAAGACCUCUCCCAUGCAUCACAGGACUGCUAAUAAUAAUAAUCUCUCAUCAUCUUUUGUUAGCAAUUGAGGGAGUCUCUAAGUAAGUAGGCCACUGCCAACCACCAAUAACUCAGUGGUACCAAGACUGCCAGUCUGUAGUGACACCCAACAGCUACAUGCUCAAGUGAGAACUUGCUCUCACUCUACUGUAGUGUAAGUCAGUGAUCCAUGGAAUUACAGCAUGGAAAUUGAUUCCUCAAUUGGGAAUCAUUUCUGAGGUACAGAAGGAUCUCUUCAAUAACCAUUUCCAAAAUAACAUUUUGGAGAAUAAUGUCAACCAACUCACUAAUUGGGAGCAUAUGCCAGGAGGCACUUUGCUUACUCACUUGCCACCUCACCCCCAACAGUUCCCCUGAGAAAGCUUUCUUGCAGUUACCCUUCCCACUCUAAGCCACUCUUAGCAGGAUAUAUUAACUUGCCCCACCCAUGAGUUAAAUGGGCAUCCCCUUGGUCUGCUUCACUCAAGGUUGUCUCAUUCAGAAACCUCUAUAAGCAGGAUCAGUGUCCAGGCAGCGUGCCAUGUACCCAUAAAACUGAAGGUGUUCACAAGUUAAGCUAGUAACAGGCCUCAACUCGGUUUCAUGCAGUCACUGGUUUGACACAAGUCAUUUCAGCAAUACCCCAUGAUCCUACAAAGGCAUCGACACAUCUCUUCAAGUCACCAUUCAUUGUCAAUGUCUCACUGAAAGUCCUGGUGAUGGCUCUCAAAAUGCUGCAUGAGGAGGCAAAGCCACUGGGACUUAAGGUCUCCUGGCCAAACCAAGGUCCAGUCAUUUGGAGGUUUGGUGGAUGAUAAAGUUCUGUUUGUUUAUGCAUAUGGUGAGGACAUUGAGGUCACCAAUAGUUUCAUAUACCAUGGUAGCAUAGUGCAAAACAAUUGUGGGUCUUGCCAGGAAGUCAUUUGACGGAUUGGCCUGGCCCAUGGUGUUUUGGACUCGCUCAACAUGAGUAUAUAUAUGGUUCGGUGAGUAUCUAUGCUGGCUGACAAAGAUUUGAAUCUUAAGGCACUUAUGCUCCCUAUUUUCCUGUAUGGCUGUGAGGCAUGGACACUGAAUAGUGACUUGAUAGGUGUGUCGAUGCCUUUGAUACCAUGUGCCUUUACAGGAUCACGAGGUAUCACUGGAAUGACUUUAUGCUCCCUCUCUUACUGUAUGGCUGUGAGACAUGGACACUGAAUAGUGACUUGAAGAGGUAUGUUGAUGCCUUUGGUACCAUGUGCCCUUACAGGAUCACAAGGUAUCACUGGAAUGACUUUGUGUCAAACCAGCAACUACUCCAUGAAACUGGAUCAAUGCCUGUUACUAUCUUAGUCCGUGAACGGCAACUCCAGCUGUGUGGGCAUGUGGCACACUUCCCGGACAUUGAUCUUGCUCAUCAUUUUUUUUUUUUAAGACUACCCCAAUUGGAGAAGACAAAGUGGACACCAACAGAACUCAUGGCAGAGGCAAGUUGAUCAAUCCUUGGAGUGGCCCGAGAUGGGAAGGAGGGGUGCAUGGAGCCUUGCUUGGGGGAACCAGUGUGAGUGGAGGGACACUUCCUUGCGUAUGCCCUCCUUUAGAUAGUUAGUAGCUCUGCAUUUGUUAAGAGAGAGAGACUGGCUUAUCUCUUUCCCUCCUCUCUAUUCCCCUCAUCCCCCCUCCUCUCUCUCUCUCUCCAUAUGUCAAUCCAUGUAUCCAUCUAUUCUCUCAGUCUAGAUAGAUAUUGAUAGACAGACAGAGAGAGAGUAAUAUCUCCCCUCAUCACUGCAUUCAGUCAAAGUUAACUCAGCAGCCACACAACUCCCUACAGGUGGGGGGGUGACCCAAACUGGAUAAUGGAUCAGCUGAGCACAACACAAGUAUCAUCUCACAACAACAGGUUCCUCACAAUGUUUCCUCAUCACCUCUUACAGGCAACCCUUUACUGGAGAAGUUAAGAAGAUGCAGCAGAGGUGAGACUGGCUAGUAGUACACCUGAACCAAGACCAAGACUCACUGAGUCGUACAAGCAGGGAGGCACUGUUUCUAUACAAUAGAAACAACACAGCCAAUGAGCAUGGCCAGUGUCACCUCUGUUGCAACUUGACACUGGGCAGCCCUGCAUACAGUUGAUGUGUUAGCCAUACAACUUCCACAGGUGGGUUGGUGAGUACAACAGAACAAUGGAUUAGCUGAGUACAACAAAGAUAUCAUCCUGUAAACAAAAUCCUCACAAUGUUCCCUCAGCUGCACUUACUGUUAACGACAAUCAGAGUUAAAUAAAACAUUCGUAGAAAGUAAGAAGAUGCAGCAGAAGUGACACUGGCCACGCCCACCAACCACGACGACCCCCUUGUUUACAAACACUGUCCAGCCAAUGGUACAUCCCCUCCAGGUACUGGCUCAGCACAGCUCAGUCUUGGUCCUAACUUGGGUGCCUGGCCAAUGCCAUCUAGGCAAAAUUUGCCAGUGCCGCCACAGCUGCCAUCAUGAAGGCAAUCCCACUCCCACUAAUUGACCACCAGCAAUGCUGCACAAUGCUAUGUAGCUAAUGGCUCAACUGUAUGCAGAGCAGGCCUACUCUGGAGGUGGUGGUGGUGUAGCACAGAUAUUUCACAUCUAAUGCCAGUCAGAUAUUUAUAAUUUUUCAACAAUUUUUCUUUGACCAGGCAGAUUAUUGCAGAAUACGUGGGGUUUCUAGACACCUGGGGGCCAGAUAGUUGGGGUUUUACUAUAUCCAGAAUUUAUAUUCACCCAGCACCUCUAAGGGCCACUUUCACAGUCGUCUGGUAUGCACCCUAACCAAAGGCCCAACCAUCCUGGUAACAGGCAUUACCAUCGCCUCGAUCCGCUUUCACAGUCGCUGUUUUCGUGGUAUCGACGACUACCAGAGUGGUGACGGUCAUGACAAGACAAAGGCGCGUGAUUCGGCAGUGUUGGUAUGCCGGAGCGGCGGGAAAUGUCGACAUUACAUCAGCUGAGCGGAGGAUUAUGAAGGAUAAAUGUGAUAAACGUACAAAGAGUAAACGUGAAGAAUAGCUAAAUAUAAAGAGUAACUGUGAAGAAUAGAUAUGAUGAAAAAAUGUGGAGUUUCUCGCUGAUACAACCAAAAGCUGUUGAUAGGCUAAAAUAUUUCCUUGGCGGAAAAGGUGAAAUAAUAGCAGAUGUCAGCAAGACAGACUCUUCACCUAUGUCAAUUACAUUUAUUCAUUAUUCACACAUUUAUCAGACUUCACAUUUAUUCUUUACCUAAUAGGGCUGAUUUUGUUAUAUAUUAUGCUCUAUGCAUACAUAUUAGGCUAACUAUAAUAAUACAAGUUUGACCAAGAAGGCGUAAAAGGUGAAUAAUGGUGACAAGUAUUAAAGUCCUCCCUUCUUCUUUGUUGUGUACUUUUGCAACAAUAAACCAUCAGUCAAUCAAAUUGAAAUUCUCAUUUUACGUUUACUGGUCAGCAGGUUCAUGUCAUUCAGAUCUAAAUUUUUUCUCAUAUUACCACUGAAGCCAUGCAACAUGCUGCUGUAUUGUUUAAUAUUUUUCACAUCUAUUUAAAGAAAUAAUAUAACCAUUUGAGAGCAAGAAUUUGUAUUAUUUACUAAUUAGUGUCAUUGGUAAGCUCAAUUGGGGAGCCCCCCCGGCCACCAGAGCUCCGUUACCAGAGGCUCCAAUCUCUGGUACUGAUGCAAACAAACAAUGCCGCGAAAGACGACUGUGAAAGUGGAUUUCUUGUUGGUAGCGGAGAUCGCCGCUCAUUGGUAACGAUCAACACAAACAAACCUGACUGUGAAAGCUGCCCUAAAUCCCUGUGAUUCCUGGUUACUAGGGAUUUUACUGUAAUUGGUAUAAAAGGUGUAAAAAUGGUUAAAACUAGCUCAGUAAAUGUAUUUUAUAUCCUUUAUGUGUGGGGUAGGCAAGCAGAAUGGUGGGAACAUUGACCCUGCAAUGGCCCUUAAAACCUGUGGACACCAAAAAGUUUUGUGUGCAGGUCUAUCAGUGAAAAUCAAAUUGUUCACGGAUGUAUCCACAAAUAUUAAAAAAGUUAAAACUGCAGAGGUUAAGGGAUGAGUACAAAAAUAAACCAUUAUAGUGCUGUUCCUUCAAGCAGAAGACAGUAAAAAUUGCCUAAAGAGAAUGUCUAGAUACUCCCUUGAAAGCAUUCAUCUCAUAGGAUGGAGGUAAUACAGACAAAGCAAGGCUGUUGCAGAGUUUGCCACUGGUCCCGAUUAAUUCUUGCAUAAAAAAUUUGACACCCUAGGGGAGCAUUCCCUAAUUUAUAUAGUUUUCUUUUGUUAUUCUGUGUCCUCUAUUAUUAAAUUUCCCAAACUGUAUGAUCAACCUUUAGUUCUCCUAAAGUCAGAUAAUUAGAACUUUAAUUAAAAAUCAGUUACAUUUAUAGCAAACUAAAAGUAGUGGCUUCUGGGAAGGAAGAAAUUAUAUAUGUAAAAUAUUAAUUCAUAUCUUGA